ACUUCUCCACCCAGGUGACCUCCUCCUCCCUCAGCUCCCCCACAGGGCGCGGCUCCAUGGCUGCUCCCUCGCUGCACCCCUCCCUGGGGCCUGGCAUCGGCUCCUCGCUCGGCGCACCGGGGCAGCUGCACUCGCCCAUCAGCACCCUGAGCUCCCCCAUCAACGGCAUGGGCCCACCCUUCUCCGUCAUCAGCUCCCCCAUGGGCCCCCACUCCAUGUCGGUGCCCACCACACCCACCCUGGGCUUCGGCACUGGAAGCCCGCAGCUCAGCUCCCCCAUGAACCCCGUCAGCAGCAGCGAGGACAUAAAGCCCCCGCUGGGCCUCAACGGUGUCCUCAAAGUCCCGGCCCACCCCUCAGGGAACAUGGCGCAGCGGGAGGCCGUGCAGGAGGAGCGGCAGCGGGGCAAGGACCGGGGGGAGAACGAGGUGGAGUCCACGAGCAGCGCCAACGAGGACAUGCCGGUGGAGAAGAUCCUGGAGGCCGAGCUGGCCGUGGAGCCCAAGACCGAGACGUAUGUGGAGGCGAAUGUGGGGCUGAACCCCAGCUCGCCCAACGACCCCGUCACCAACAUUUGCCAAGCGGCGGACAAGCAGCUGUUCACCUUGGUGGAGUGGGCCAAGCGGAUCCCGCACUUCUCCGAGCUGCCCCUGGACGACCAGGUCAUCCUGCUGAGGGCAGGCUGGAACGAGCUGCUCAUCGCAUCCUUCUCCCACCGCUCCAUAGCCGUGAAGGACGGUAUCCUCCUGGCCACCGGGCUGCACGUCCACCGCAACAGCGCCCACAGCGCGGGCGUGGGCGCCAUCUUUGACAGGGUGCUGACGGAGCUUGUGUCCAAGAUGCGGGACAUGCAGAUGGACAAGACGGAGCUGGGCUGCCUGCGCGCCAUCGUCCUCUUCAACCCCGACUCCAAGGGGCUCUCGAACCCGGCCGAGGUGGAGGCGCUCCGUGAGAAGGUCUACGCGUCCCUGGAGGCGUACUGCAAACACAAGUACCCGGAGCAGCCGGGAAGGUUUGCCAAGCUCCUGCUGCGCCUGCCGGCCCUGCGCUCCAUCGGCCUCAAGUGCCUGGAACAUCUCUUCUUCUUCAAACUCAUUGGGGACACGCCCAUCGACACCUUCCUCAUGGAGAUGCUGGAAGCCCCGCACCAAAUGACUUAGGCCCACCGGCCGUCCUUCGCGCCCACUGGUCCGGCCGCCCCGCCUGGCUGCCAGCUGCCCUUCCCGGCCGAGCCCCGUCCCACCCCUUCUCCGCCUGGCUGUUGGCCUCGGGG